CGGUUUCCCACCAGGCUGCUGAGCGGCGCAUUCUUAAUUUGCAGUAGCACGGAACGUCCCGAUCACAAGGUGCAUUGUCUGUAUUGGUACAGGCAACAUGAUUAUUAUUAUUAUUAAUUUUUUUUUUUAAAACAGAUUUUGACUUUUGAAUACCUGACGUGUAUAUACACAUUUUUUGUUUUUUUUUUAAACAGCCUUUACGUUGGGGUUUGGAGAAUAUACGUAGCAAAGAAGUUUGUGUACAUCGCCGCUUUCCCCCCCCCCCUCGCCCCCGCGAGGAAAUAAAGACCUCAGUGAAGAUGGUUUGGGGGUAGAUUCAUGGCGUUCGAGUUCCAACUGGAGCGGAUCGCGGUGGGGGGGAAACUUCACUCGGAGGGGACUGUUGUGGACUGACACUGCGCACAGUCUGCACAACAGAACAAAGAUGCGCCUGUUGAGCACAUCGUGCCGGUCUCCAGACGUAGAGACACGGAUGAAUGCAUUGACGUCCAGUGGUGUGAUGCAGUUACUUUGGCUCCUUGCUGUCAUACUGUCCUGUCAAGGCUGCCCAGACAAAUGCACGUGCUCCUCGCAAACCGUAAAAUGUCAAAACCUGGACUUGGACGCAAUUCCACAUUUCGUACCUGCCGAUUCCAAGUUACUUUGGAUCACGGGAAACAACAUUUCCAGCAUCAAUGAGGACUCUUUUCCAAGCCACCUGGAAUUAUUAACAGAUCUUGAUCUCAGUGACAAUGAGAUGGGGGCCGUGGAGGAAACUGUGUUUCAUAACUUGCCAAACCUAGAGCGGCUGGAUCUGAGCAACAAUAAAAUCCAAAGUUUCAGCGAAAAGGCUUUUCCACAUGACAACAAAUUGCAGGUGUUGAACCUAAGUAGGUCUUUUCACAAUCUUUCCUCUGUGAAUGGGCUCUUGAACGUCCUAGAGAAUGGAAACCUCGUCCAGCUGACAGUCUUGGACUUGUCUCACAAUGACCUUGUGCUUCUGCAAGAUGAUUUAUUCCGAAGUUUAUCCAAUCUGGUCAACCUCAGCCUGCAGAACAGCUCCAUCAUCUCCAUCCCGGAUGGGAUACUAAAGGUGCCACGACUGCAAGACCUUGACCUGAGGCACAACGGUCUCAGGAAUCUUCCUUCCACCACGCUGACUGAGUUCAACCUGAAGUCAGACCUUCAUAUUCGCUUAGAAGGGAACCCCUGGCGUUGUGACUGUUUUAUUGAGGACAUGUUGGUGUGGCUGCAGAACUCCACGCAGGUCACAGACAUGAAUGAUUUGACCUGUGCAGACCCAGAGGGUCUGAGGCGCUGGCCACUUGUGCAGGUGCAGCAGUCCCGGCUGAAGUGUUCGGGCAACAUGGAGGGCGUGCUAGAGACUUCGUAUGUUUUCCUGGGUUUGGUGCUAGCACUGAUUGGCAUCAUAUUCCUGUUGGUGCUCUACCUGAACCGCAAAGGCAUCAAGCGCUGGAUGUACAACAUCCGGGAUGCUUGUAGGGACCACAUGGAGGGAUAUCAUUACAGGGAUUUGUGCAAAAACAACAGAGGGACUGCAUUUGUGAAAGGAUUCUCACCGGCAUGAAGGUGCUUCCCCUCCAUUGUCUCUGGCACUCUGACUGGCUGGACAGCUGUGACUUUAAAGGUUCAUUUCAUCCAUCCCAAAGUUAAACACUAAUUCACAAGCACUUGUUUUCUCAUUGUGCUCUUGCAAUCUCUGCCGGUUCAUUUUGAAAAUGGAUGGCCUCCCCUCAUACUCAAGUCCCCAAAGUGAGGCCUCCCGAGCACCGUGUCCCAGGGGGUACAUACAUGCAUACAUACAGGCGAUUACAAUGUUUCCACAGAGAAACAGUCAGGAGUUGUCCACACACACACACCCACACACACACACACACACACACACACACACAUCCACACAUUCAUGUUAACCAGAGAUUUUUGCCCAGCCACGCCUCAAGCGAUGCUUGGGAGCACUUUGUAAUCACAGUGGAAACAAAGAUUGAAUGGUCUUGGGAAGUGGAAGAAUGAAACAAAUGAGUACUUUCUGGUCUAUAAUCCCCAUUGACACCUUCGCUGGUCCUUUUGUGCUUGUUAGCAGUAGUCUCCAAACAGCGUCAACAUCUAAAUAGUCAGCCAUUGACUUAUGAUGUCAGUACCUGUCUUAGGCAUCUCUCCCUGGACUUCUUGCUGUCAGGGCUGCUGCAUUGAGCUCAUUUACAGACAAGAGAACUGAUGCCUGUUACUGCCACUAAACAUAGGCUUAUAGCAGCAGCCCAAAGCGGUCAAGAUCAUCACUGGAAAUUUAACUCAUUUGGUCUGCUCACUAAUAAUACAAAUACUUUAGGCUAAAAUAUGUACAAAAUCCAUAUGCUGAAAUUGAGUUUUUAGUGCAUUAAACCUGACUUAUUGAGCAGUUGAUUAUAAAGAUAUCUUAUCAUCUCAAACUUUUAAGUGUAAACUCCUUUCACCAAGCAGUACCACUUGGUUCAGUUUAGUUCCCAAUGCAAUUUUUGUGUUUCUAUUAUAUGUUGUUAAGGGUACCAAAUGAAUAGAUCUGCAUUCCACAGCGUACCACUUUUUGGUACCCCACUUUUGGGCUAUCAACCAUAGUGGUACAGAUUGUAAAAGGUGGAGCGCUUGACACACAACAAUGCAGUGUGUUGAUCAGUUGACAUAGAAUCCUCAUUUCCAUGCAACAAUGGAAAAGAGAACAAUACAAAACAUGCUUUUCAUAAACGGGUUUUCUCACCACACAAAAUAACAGUACAUCACUCUCUUACUCUGUGAUAUGCUUUGCCAAUUAAAAUUUCUCCUUUUAGAGCAAUGUUAUAAGUGGCACGAACAAAUCAUUUGUUCUGCAUGAUGAAGCUUCACAUAGGAAAUGUUUUUAGCUCCAUAGCAGAUGCAGCAUUAUAGAUUCGCAGAAGGUCUCUGAUUCUUUCACCCAGUCACUUGUAACUUGACAGAGCUCACCAGGAUUUUUAUGUCCCGUAGGCAAGUGGGGGGUGGGUAACUGCAUAUUUCAGUCACACCCACUAAACUGUGCCCCUGAAAAAAAAGAGCUGGUGGGAACAGAAUGCGAGUCACGCAUACACUACAGAACAUUAUUAUUUUAAAUCAGCAAUUCAAGAAUCAAGAACCAAGUUAAUUCAUUCACAUUAAUGCAAUAGAAUUCCUGCUUUGUAUUCAAUAUAAAAUACAUAAUUGAAAAAGGAAAAAGAAGAUCUGGUGUGGCACUACCUCACACACACACACAACAGAAAUAAAAGCUCACAAGGUAAGGUAAAGAAAGAAAUUUGUGUCCCAAGGUAAAGAAUUUGGACACAAAGUUAAUAGGAAACCUAUCCAAGUCUUUGGAUAGCAAUAUGGCAUUGCAUACCACAUAAAACUGCUUGGAAUGAAACUGAUCAUAUUUUAUCGUCCAGAAUAAGUAGGCGGCCCACCUGACCAUAACCAUAAUUGACCAGGCACCCAUAAAACCCCCUUUAAACCCCAACACUGCUCUUCUGACAACCAUGUUUGUUUAGCCACAUUUAAUAUGCCAGUGCACUUUCCUUGUGUGGAGACACAGACUGGCAGGUUAUCAGAUUGCCAGAGAGCCAUAAUUACAUUCACUACACAGCACUGGUCUGCUGCUCCGCAAACACCUGGCUAGUUGCCCCAGCGAGUGACCUUUCCGUCUGAAAAAGGAGAUUUAAGGCUGUCAUAAGAGACAGACAAAAGACUGGAAUUACGACGCAAAGAUUUCCAACGCCAGUUCCCUGAAUCACCCUGAUAUGCCAUUAAUGCCUCUGAGGGCAAAUACUUUGUCUGGAUUUUGUAGGGCAUUGCUGGCCUCUGCAACUUAUCAUCCCCGCUUCAGCGUCCCACCUCUACGUGAGAUGCCUCGUUUUCACUAAUGUGGAUUUAUGAUGCUGUACAUUAGAUGCUUGGGAAGCAAGUCUCCCAUUGAGCCAUACUCGACGUAAUGAAGACGGAUCUGAGCUGACAGCGCCACAGCCUCUCUGAGGCUAGCUCAGCCAUGCGCCGUUCACCACGUGUGCCUGAGGGACGGACUCGAGGAAAAGCAACACAGCAAGAAACAUAGCAUUGCGAGUCAGGCUCAAUGAGAUACUAUAUACUUAAAGUGUCAAACAACACAGAGGCAAUACCAUUUAUGAGAGGAAGCGCUUCAAGAAUGAAUGAGGAAGCUAGAUUAUACUUCCAAAUGUUGCGUGUAGCUGAGGCUCUAAAAUGUUAAUAUACUGACCUUUCAUGGGUGACCUUUACAAUUGUAAACCAAGAGAAAACAAGAAAUAAUUAUCACUAUGAUGCGUUUUAUGUUUCCCAGAGUAAUUUCUUUUAAUAAAGUUUAUAAAAAAUUUAAAAAAAAAAACAAUUGUAAAUUGCAAAGUAAUAAAAACAAACAACUAUUCUGAGACUGCCCCUUAUUUGAAGAAUAUGUGUAACUAGGCAACUACUAAUACUUUUGCCAUAAUCAGUACUUAUGAUACAUUUUUACAGUUGGUUUCUGAUGCCCUCUGGUGGCUAAAUGUUGCGACAUUAAUCUUUUUCAGUUUCUGAAUGAAGGUCAGAUGAUUUAAGUAGAUCCUAACAGAAUUUCAGGAAUUUAAAAAAAAAGAAAAAAAAUCAUUUUUCACCCUGCAUAAAUGGUGAAGCAUUACCAUGAAGCAUCACAGCCAACAAUCUGUUAGACACACACAGACAAUUUUUGUGUUGAUUUCCCAGAGCUCACCAGUAGAUCUGAUGGAUGUGCCAGUCUCUAAUGCAGUUUCUGUGCAUCUGCAGUAAACGCGGAACCAGCGAGCUUAUUUUAAUGUAGCAUGAGUCAUUUUAAAACAGCUAGAGACUGAUUAAUUUGGUUGACAUGCUCAUUUGAUGCUAUCCAAUGCUUUUAUGCAUAUUUGUCUCUUUAAUGACCUAAUAUCUUGACAUGCCUGCCGGGACGAUUGCCGGUCAUCAGCUAGUUUGAUUCCACACAGCCAAAAGGUUUCUCUCUCUCCUGAUUUAAUAUAGUUUCAUAUUUGAAUAGUAUGAUAUUUAAGUCCCAUUUGAUAAGAUCUAUAGAGGCACAGUGUCAGAAUAUGUCAAAUUAUCAAUCCAGUGAUUUCAGUUUAAUUAAAAAACAAAACAAAAAAAAACAUUGGGCAGCUGGUGUUACACCGAAGAACAAUCACAAUUUGACAAUAGACGAGACUAAUAUUAAGAGAUUUAAUUGGAACAAUUAGAAGAUGACAGGGCGGCACGGUGGAUGAUUGAUUAGCACAUGUGCCUCACAGUUCUGAGGAGCCCGGGUUCAAAUCUGGCCGCGUCUGUGUGGACUUCGCGUGUUCUCCCAGUGCCUGGGUGGGUUUUCUCUGGGCACUCUGGUUUCCUCCCACAUCCCCAAAAUCUGCAUGGUAGGUUCACUGAAGACUCUAAAUUGCCCGUAGGUGUGAAUGGUUGUUUGUCUAUGUAUGCCCUGCUGGUGACCAGUUCAGGGUGUACCCCGCAUCUGGGAUAGGCUCCAGCACGGCCGCGACC